UGGCGCAUCUUGAUAGCGAUAUAGAUUAAUUGCAUGCUAGCCUAGCAGCAUGAUCGCUCCGCUGGUUUUACUUUAAUUUAUCUGAGAAACGACAAUCGCAUAAUCAAUCAUCAUCCAAUCGCACUUAAUCACUCCUCUCUCUCUCUCCUCAAUUCAACCAACCAAGCUUGGAAGAGAGAAAAUGGAGAAGACCUCAGAGACCAACGCCACAAACGGGGAGCUCAAGGAUGUAAAAGACGCCAUUAACAAUGGAUCGGUCUGUGGAUAUGACUCGCUCCAUCAACUCCUCGCCCAAAAUCUCAAACCCGAGUUAUUCCAGGAAGUUAGCCGGAUGCUAUUAGGGCUUAACUGCGGAAAGCUGCUUCAAAGUAUUUCUAUUGCUGAGCCUGUGAAGAGUCUUUCACUAAAACAUGAUUUCGACCUCCAGGCAUACAGCUUUCAUGCGGACAAGGAAUCAUUCAGAGAAUCUAGAAUAGUAAGGGUGGGUCUCAUUCAAAAUUCUAUUGCUCUUCCAACAACUGCCCCUUUUUCAGAUCAAAAGAGGGCUAUUUUUGAGAAAGUAAAGCCAAUUGUUGAUGCAGCAGGCGCUUCAGGAGUCAACAUAUUGUGCUUGCAAGAAGCAUGGAUGAUGCCAUUUGCCUUUUGUACACGUGAGAAGAAGUGGUGUGAAUUUGCAGAGCCACUCGAUGGGGAAUCGACACGGUUCCUUCAGGAUCUUGCAUUAAGAUACAACAUGGUCAUUAUAAGUUCUAUUCUUGAGAGAGAUGUUAGUCAUGGAGAUACCUUAUGGAAUACUGCUGUUGUAAUUGGAAAUCAUGGAAAUAUAAUUGGCAAGCAUCGCAAGAACCAUAUACCAAGAGUUGGCGAUUUCAACGAGAGCACAUAUUACAUGGAAGGAAAUACUGGGCAUCCUGUGUUUGAGACAACCUACGGGAAAAUUGCGGUAAACAUAUGUUAUGGGAGGCACCACCCUUUGAACUGGUUAGCUUUCGGCUUAAACGGUGCUGAGAUUGUUUUCAACCCUUCUGCAACUGUUGGUGAACUCAGUGAACCAAUGUGGCCUAUUGAGGCUCGCAAUGCAGCAAUAGCGAAUAGUUACUUUGUUGGAUCGAUCAAUCGUGUUGGCACCGAGACAUUCCCAAAUCCAUUCACUUCAGGCGAUGGGAAACCGCAGCAUGCAGAUUUUGGUCACUUUUACGGGUCCAGCCAUUUCUCCGCACCAGAUGCAUCUUGCACUCCCUCGCUCUCACGUUUUCGAGAUGGUUUGUUAAUCUCCGACAUGGAUCUUAACUUGUGUAGGCAGCUGAAAGAUAAAUGGGGAUUCCGAAUGACUGCUCGGUACGAGAUGUAUGCCGAAACACUUGCUCGGUAUCUGAAGCCUGACUUCAAGCCUCAAGUCAUUUCUGAUCCUUUGUUACACAAGAAGGCAACUUGAAGUUUACUCACUCAGUUGGAAAAUCUGGAAAAGAUACCAAUGUGUAAGUUAAAAACAUAUUGAAUGUUUCUAAUCCAAUGUGAAAAAGUAAGUUCAGUUUCCCUUCUUUUCUAGGAUUUGCUCAAAAUUUACCUGUUUAUAGACAAAUCAAAUAAAAGAAGGAAUUCUCCUGAUGAGUGGAAAGUGGCAA